AUGCAUGGAGGCAAGAGGGGGCUGGUGGCUCCGCAAAACACCUUCCUGGAGAACAUCGUGCGGCGCUCCAGUGAAACCAGUUUCCUGCUGGGAAAUGCCCAGAUCCUGGAGUGGCCAGUUGUCUACAGCAACGAUGGAUUCUGCAAACUUUCUGGAUACCACCGGGCCGAGGUCAUGCACCGGAGCAGCACGUGCAACUUUAUGUACGGGGAUCUGACCGAUAAGAACACCAUCGACAGCAUCAAGCAAACCUUUCACAGCUAUGAGUCUAAUUUCUAUGAGGUGCUUCUCUACACAAAGAACAGAACACCGAUCUGGCUGUACAUGCAGGUCGCUCCAAUCAGGAAUGAGAACGACAAAGUGGUGCUUUUCCUCUGCACCUUCAGAGACAUCACGCUGUUCAAACAGCCGAUAGAGGAUGAGUCAACCAAAGGAUGGACGAAGUUUGCGAGGCUGACCCGGGCCCUGACCAACAACCGCAAUGUGGUUCAACAAAUGGCGCCACUCAACAAGACCGAGGUCGCCCACAAGCCGUCCAGACUGGCUGAGGCCCUCCAGCUGGGAUCAGACAUCCUCCCUCAGUACAAGCAGGAAGCGCCGAAGACGCCGCCGCACAUCAUCCUCCACUACUGCACCUUCAAGACCACGUGGGACUGGGUCAUCCUCAUCCUCACCUUCUACACCGCCAUCAUGGUGCCCUACAACGUCUCCUUCAGGACCAAGCAGAACAACCUGGCCUGGCUGGUGGUGGACAGCGUCGUGGACGUCAUAUUCCUCAUCGACAUCGUGCUCAACUUCCACACUACCUUCGUGGGCCCCGCCGGGGAGGUCAUAUCGGACGCCAAGCUGAUCCGGAUGAACUACCUGAAGACGUGGUUUGUCAUCGACCUGCUGUCCUGUCUGCCCUACGAUAUCAUCAACGCCUUCGAACACGUCAACGACGAUGUCGUCACUCACACUUCCUCAUCAAGUCACCUGCGUGACUCUUCAAGUUUCCACCGGAACAACACACGGGUAGAAGACUCUGUUCUCCCGGGUCUCAGCAGUCUCUUCAGCUCCCUCAAAGUCAUCCGCCUGCUGCGUUUGGGUCGAGUGGCCCGCAAGCUGGACCACUACCUGGAGUACGGCGCCGCCGUCCUGGUCCUGCUGGUCUGCGUCUUCGGCCUGGUGGCCCACUGGCUCGCCUGCAUCUGGUACAGCAUCGGGGACUACGAAGUGAUCGACGAAACCACCAACACCAUCAAGACGGACAGCUGGCUCUACCAGCUGGCCAUGAGCAUCGGGACGCCGUACCGGUACAACGCCAGCGGCACGGGCCAGUGGGAGGGCGGGCCAAACAAAGACACGCUGUACAUCUCUUCCCUCUACUUCACCAUGACGAGCCUCACCACCAUCGGGUUCGGCAACAUCGCCCCGACGACGGAUGGCGAGAAGAUUUUCUCGGUGGCGAUGAUGAUGGUUGGCUCGCUGCUCUACGCCACCAUCUUCGGAAACGUGACCACCAUCUUCCAGCAGAUGUACACCAACACCAACCGCUACCACGAGAUGCUCAACAACGUGCGGGACUUCCUCAAGCUCUACCAGGUUCCCAAAGGUCUGAGCGAGCGGGUGAUGGACUUCAUCGUGUCCACCUGGGCCAUGUCGAAGGGCAUCGACACCGACAAGGUCCUGUCCAUCUGUCCUAAGGACAUGCGGGCGGACAUCUGCGUGCACCUCAACCGGCAGGUGUUCAACGACCACCCGGCGUUCCGCCUGGCGAGCGACGGCUGCCUGCGCUCGCUCGCCGUGGAGUUCCAGACCACCCACUGCGCGCCCGGGGACCUGAUCUUCCACAUUGGCGAGAGCGUGGACACCCUCUGCUUCGUGGUGUCGGGCUCGCUGGAGGUCAUCCAGGACGACGAGGUCAUCGCAAUCCUAGGUAAAGGCGACGUGUUCGGAGACGUGUUCUGGAAAGAGAGCACGCUGGCUCGGGCCUGCGCCAACGUCCGAGCGCUGACGUACUGCGACCUGCACGUCAUCCGGAGGGACGCGCUCAUGAGGGUGUUGGAGUUCUACACGGCGUUCGCCAACUCCUUCUCGCGCAACCUCAUCCUCACCUGCAACCUGCGGAAGAGGGUCAUCUUCAGGAAGAUCGCCGACGUGAAGCGGGAGCAGGAGCGGCAGAGGACCGAGGUGUCGCUGUCCAUCCCGGAGGACCACCCGGUCCGGAAGCUGUUCCAGCGCUUCAGGCAGCAGCGCGAGACGCCCGACGAUUACUUUGAGGGUAACUGCGUGCAGCCGCAGCGCCGCCGCCGCUCCGGGUCCGGCUCGGCGCCGCCCCAGCAGCAGGAGUACUGCUCCACGGUGGAGAGUCUCGCCGGAGGGGGGGCGAACGCCACGGCGCCCCCGCAGAUGUUCAUCCACGCCGAGGAGCAGGAGGAGAACGGCGCCCCGGAGGGGGUGGAGACGAUAUCCAGGCCGUGCGUGGAGACCCGGCCGUGCCAGAGGCCCAGCGGCGCCCCGCCGAGCUCCGGGGCCGCGGGGGCGGCCAGAUCCAGCCGGGGGGCCCGAGGGUGGGCCAAAUUCAAGAGCGUGACCUCCGGCGACGCCGCCCGGCCUCCUGCCGAGACCGAGAAGUCCACCCAGGAGUGGCUGGAGGUGUCGCACGCCUCCGAACAGUUGGCAGUCGCCAGCAAGACCCAGGAGGAGGCGGGGGGCGGCGGCGGCGCCGCGGGGGAGGCCGGCGAGGAGACCAGCAUCCUGCACAAGACGGACUCCUGCGACAGCGGCAUCACCAAGAGCGACCUGCGCAUCGACCGCGCCGGGGACUCCCGGAGCUCGUUCGAGCGCAGCCCGCUGGAGCGCAGCCCGCUGGAGGCCGGCCUGGGCGUCUACAGCGAGGUGACGCUCCGGGUGCAGCAGGGCUCCGACCAGGCGCUGGUCCAGGCCGCGCUGCACGACGCCAAGCUGGAGCUGAAGGCCGACAUCCAGACGCUGGGCGGCCGCCUGGCGCUGCUGGAGGCGCAGGUGGGCGAGGUGCUCAGGCUGCUGUCCGUCAGGAGGAGACUGUCGCUGCCGCCGACGUCCUCCCCGAAGCCCCGGGCCAAGGCGCAGGACGCCGUCAGCGCGCCCAAAACAGACGACGGGCCUUUCUGA